UAAUCUGCUCGCUAUUUAACAUUUUAACCUCAUAUGCGCUUAUUCGCUUAGGCCAGUGAUAAUGUUCGAUAACUACGGCAAUAACCAGGCGCAGACGCCGCCCAGCCAGCCGCCGCCGCAAAGAGCACUUCGCUUUGACAAAGGCUAUGUCACCACUAUUCCGGGGAUCUUGAAAUUGGUACAAUUGGUAUCAAACUUUGUGGGUUUCAUCUGCAUAAAAAUCCAAUGGUCAGCAUGGAUAUCAUCAAUCUUCUACAACAUUCUCUACUGGAUGGGCAUAAUUGUCGCAUGCCUACUACUGCUCUUGUACACAUUCCAUUUUGUAGAAAAGUUUUAUAAGAUACCCUGGCACAAAAUGGAGUUUUUCUACUGCAUGUUUGUGGCUAUCACAUAUAUCAUACUGUCUAUAAUGGCUACUACGAUCGGGGAAAGCACUGGGAUUGCAGUUUCGUUCUUCGGAUUUUGUGCAGUUAUAGCAUACGGAUUCGACGGGUACCUGAAUUACAGAGGUUGGCAAAAAGGCCUGCCAGCACAAUAAGUGUUAUAUUUCUUAUUUAUUUUUUUAACUUUUGCAUUUUAUAUCUUAAGCAUGAUAAAGGCGCCAAUUCUGGUAAAUAUAUCUGUAUGAAUACUUGUCAUACUAAGUUAGUAUAUAAAUGGGGAACAUUGUUUGAAACUUUUCAGAUUAAUGGAUGUUUUUAAUAAUGCGGAUUUUGGUGUUAAGCUAUUAAAGCUUUACGCUUGCUAUGCAAGUACAUAACCUAUUGUUGGUAAACUUUAUUGUAAUUGAUAAAUGCACUAAUAUGUUAUGCAACAAUUAGCUACAAGAAACAUAAAUAUUACUUGUAAAAAAUAUAAAGAAUUGGCGCCAGAUCACUCACCGAGUAGACAUGUUAGGAUAGGAAUAAAAGUUUUUUAUUUAUAAUUCGUAAAGAAAGUGUAACCUAUAUUACGCUCUAUCGAUUUUAUGUAUUCGCUUAUAGCCUUUCAGAUCUCUAUGGUUUGGCUAGAUAUGAGAAAAUGUGCCUGUUUAAAAUGAUAACUGCCGCCUAGACUUGAAAGUUUGCCUGACUUUCAGCGUGCCAAUGCCAAUUUCAUUCUUAGGGUCGUAUUCCAGAUCUUUACUCAAUGCUCAAGUCAGGAUUUGAGCAGACUUGAGUAUGAUUUCAGUGAGCACUGAAAAUCAUACUCAAGUCCUUGCCAUUAGGGUCGUAUUUACAGUGCUUGAAAUCAUACUCAAGUCCUGACUUGAGAAUUGAGUAGAGUUCUGGAAUACGAUAUUACUCAUUCAUAAGGCAGGUUCCCCCGCGAAAAACGUGUAAGAAACUCUUAUUCUUUGGAAAUAAAUAUUUGUUCACAUUAAUUUGUCAUUUACGAGUACCUGAUAGAGCUAUUCGGAACACCAUGGAGUUUUGCUAUAUGGUACUUUUAAACCUCGUAAAUGGCAAAUUAAUAGUUUAAUGUUUGCAGAAAUCAUAAUGAGCUCUUCUUACGCCAGUGUAAGAAAGUAUUUUUUUUAUUAUUUAAUAGACACUCAGGAACUCAAAAUUUAAAAUAUAGCGGGAUUCACAUUAAAUAAGAUUUGACAUUUCUCCCUGAACGUCAAACUGUCUUUAAAGAGAGACAUGAAAGUUUACUAAUGUUGAGAAUAUUAUUAUGUCGUUAAAUAAAUACAGGUAUUAAAAUUUCUAGAGACAUAGAUAUUAAUUCAACUGUAAAUUGUAACAGAAGCCGAAUUCAAUGUAAUGAAUUUUUAUAUGACGUUAACGUUGACGUUUUAUUAUAGCGUUUUCUGGUAUAGACUAAGGGGGUCACCACACUUAUCAACACGGACUCGCAUUAAUUAAGCCGGUAAAAAAAAUUACGUAAUAAGAGCGAAAAAGAAGUGAGUUAAAUCGUCUCAUAAGUGGACAACGACUCUGAAAUACAGUGUCGAAGUCACAUCGGCCGAGUCGACGCCCAUACGGACGCGCCGAUGCCCGAACAGUCCCGUCGAUGCAUGAACAACCGCUAGACACCCGACCGGCUGCGUUGACGCCGGAACGGCUGCGUUGACGCCGGAACGGCUGCGUUGACGCCGGAACGGCCGCGUCGAUGGCGCAUUGGUUUACUACGAUAAGUGUGACAUGUUUAACAUGUUCGCCCCAAGCAUACGUGUGAUAACUCUCUUAACAUAAUCUAUAAAAAAUAUUUACACGUAAACUUGAAUUUUGUAUUUAGAUGUAUUUAUACAAUUUUAUAAAUUAUAUUUUAUUAUUAAUAUGUAUAUAUAUUUGUAAUUGAUUACCUAAUCAUUAAACUAUAUAAUGUGCCUUGAUAAGAAAUAAACGAGAUGUAUAACUUCACGCAAUGUGGUGUAUGUAGGUAUUGUAAGUGUUGUUUGUGAUGUUUCUAGUAAAAACUUUUUGGUAUUUAUGACUCAACAUUAUGGUGAUAGAAAAAACUUGUGAACUUGGUGUUGGGUUUUGCGCCCUUUCCUGCUCCAUUGAUACAUGUAACAAUUUUGUUUGUGAUUUCCUUUUAAACUUAUGGAGAUUGUAUAAGGAUAAUAAUUAUGUUAUAUUGUUUAGUUUUGUCAUAUCGCUAAUAAACUAUAGGUUGUAAAUAUGAGACGGAAGCGAUAUUAAGACUCGUAUUAAUCAACGGCAACCUACAUCGGUACUGAAUGUCAUUCCAGGGAUGUUUAUUAAUAAUCUCAGUGCAGAGUACUAAUAAAACCGACCUCAAAAGUUCGUGGAAUCACAUCUAUUUGCCAUGUUUUAUUGAAAUCGGUUACCGGAAAGUGCGCGAAAGAGGAUUCGUCCCUAGUUUGCGACCGUAAGAGUUGAAAUACUUUCUUCAAAUGUAAAUGGGACCACACUGAGGUACGCUCUUUCUAACAAAAGAGAAAGAUCAGAUUCGAUUCACAGGUGUGAGUUAUCGCGUAACAUACAUACAAAAAUAAAUACAGCCGAAUUGAGAACCUGCUCUUUUUCGAAGUCGGUUCACAAAGAAUGUUGGCUUAUGUAAGCUGCUGCACAAGAUAAAUUGAUUAAUAUGGGCCUUACAAUUAAAGUAAAAUUAAUCGAAAAUUAUAAAUAUUUUAUUUUUGUAGUGUUUUUUUUUAUUAUAAAUAAAUUUUUGAACGAAACUAUGAAUCGUAACGUGCUGUUACAGUAUUUUGUGCGAUGGCCGCAUAACACGUUCCGUAUUCAGCCAAUAUAACAGGUAUUACAUACGUACACGUGUGUAGCCUUGAGAUUGUAAGAAGUUUUGAAUUUUACUUAUGGGUCCAAAUAGCUUUGCAUUUUUAUAUACCUGUGCUUAUGAACUACAUUGUACCGUAUAUUUAAGGUACAAAGUACUCGGCGGGCGUACAAAGUUUAAAAACUCGUGACUAUGAAAAUAAAUUAUUAUUUAUCUUUUAUAUUACGUUAAGUUGUACCUAAGCUUAUGUUACUUAUCGACAUAUUUCUACAGUGCACAUAGCUCACACGCAUGUUUUUUUUAUUACGUGAUGUCAUAAAAGUCGCCAACGUUUAAUUCUACUUGCAAAUAUUGUUAAUUUAGAUAUACAAAAAAACUGCAUUACAUUCUUUCCCUGAACGUCAUCAAGUUAUGUGCCUAAUGCGCUGGCCACAACACGAACGAAGUUAGCUUAGCUCACGUAGCCGGGGUAUCUAGUAGCAGUCCUUUGAAAGAAUUCAUCCAGGGAACUACUGCCAUCUUACCUGUUUCUGCCGCCAAGCAGUACUGUGAGCAUGUGAAAUUACAGGCACAUGGGACUUUUCAACUCGUGUGUCAGGGUGGCAGUGCGUCUUGGGUCUUUGAGGUUUAAAGCUCUGAGUGGCACUGCAACUGUUAUGGACAGGCGUAUCGCUUAUCACCAGGCGCACGAUUUAUUCGUCCCAUUACUUGGUAUUAUAAAAAAGAUCUUUUCGUACUUCGGUUCACACCGCGACCUUUUUUUAACUCGGAAAAAUACGUUACGCAUACAUCACGCGCUAGCUAUGCAAAAUAUCACCUAUUCACCCCCGCACGCAUCCACAUUUACUAAGUAUUUUCUAGGCUUCGCUUCGCAUGCAACUACGCGAACUAAGUGAGGUCAAUUCAAAUUCAAAUUCAAAAUAAUCUUUAUUUCAUAGGUAAGCAUUAUUACACUUGAAAUCGUCACAAUGGUUAAACUCUACCGCUCAUUCGUAAGGCAGAUUCCCCUGAGAAGAAUG